UUUUUUUUUUUUUUUUUUUUUUGGCCUUUGAACAAAAAAAAGGUAAUUUUCAGGAGUUAUGCAACGGAAAAAUAUCAUGUUCAAACUCAGUUCCAAAGAAACAUCUACUGGAACAGUUUGGGAUCACAAGGGUAAAACAGAGCUUCUACAGAUUUUAAUUUCGCACGGUGAUGGUGUUAUUCAUGGCUUGCAAUUCGUUUAUGUUGAGAACGGAAAUUUGGUUGCGUCUGAGUGCCUUGGCGGUAGUGACCAUGGAAGAAAAUUCAACACGGUUACCCUCAAUUACCCAGAUGAGUUUUUAACAUCAAUAUCGGGUAGUUGUACCUUUGGUUAUAGGAGUUGUGUGAGUUCUAUCACCUUCGGAACCAACCAAGUCAGUCAUGGUCCAUUUGGAAAGCCAGAAAAGGAUGACAUAGAGUUCAACUUUCAGAUGGGGAAGUACCGGCUGUUCGGAGGAUUUCAUGGAACUACUACUAGCAAUAGGUAUCUUGAAUCUAUUGGGGUAUAUGUCAAGCCAAUCGCAUCUUUAAGUGACCUUAACUCUGCUGGAAUAGUUCAGACAGCGAGAAAAUAGAAUUUCAUGCCUAGUUGAAGAGGAUCAAUGUUCUCUCUCUCCGCUUAUAAGUAAUUCGUCUCUUGUUGAUUGUGGUUUGUAGCUUUUUUGUUCCAACUUUCUUCUUUUCUUUCAUGGCUUUGUACUUGAACUUUCUGUUGCUUUUCUUGUUGAAUUGGAAUGCCUUUUAUUUUCCCCAAAAAAACUCAAUUCAUUUCA